AAUAAAGAAAAAAAUAACUCGUAUGUACCACGAAUGUGUUUUGCAUUAUACACUUAUAUAUAAGUCGUAUAAACUCGUAUAUGUUCGUAUGAGAGCAUGAUUCACGAUGCAGUUAUGCAUUAUACCUGAUUGUCACAACUGAUCGCAUCUUCUUACAUUAAAAAAAUAUACACACACACACGCACACAACAUACACACUCUCGUAAAAUAAAUAUUGUUUAUUUACCAUAAUUGCUAAAUCACAAUUGUUUCAUCAUGAGUUACUAAAUUGAACUUUUAAAAAUAAACAACAAAGUACAAAACAAUCCAAGUGACAACAUAAAGUUUUUUAAUUUUUUAAUUUUAUAUAUUUCAUUAAAUUAUUGGCAAUCUAAUGUUUUAUUUAUAUUUAUCAUAAUAAAAAAAAAAUAAUAAUAAUCAUAUUAUCAAUUUUAAACCUCGAGAUCUCAAAGUAUAAAUACCAUGGCUGAAGAACAAUUCUCGUUGGUAUGGAAUAGCUUCCCCUCGAAUUUAUCAUCUGGACUGUAUACACUGCUGACGGAUGAGCAUUUAGUUGAUGUUACCCUGGCUGCUGAAGGAAAAAUAUUUCGUGCUCAUAAAUUAAUUUUGUCAGUAUGUAGUACCUACUUUAGAGAUUUAUUCAAGGGGAAUACUUGUAAACAUCCUAUAGUUAUUUUAAAAGACGUUAAUUCACGGGAUUUGUCAGCGAUACUUCAUUUUAUGUACCAAGGAGAAGUUAGUAUCAAGCAGGAAGACAUUACUAAUUUUCUCAAAGUCGCUGAAACAUUACAAAUCAAAGGAUUAACGAAAGAUAAAGAUGAAAAAAUGAAUACGGAUGACAUAUGUACUCAUUUAGAAAAUGUUAUGAAAACAGAAAUAAUGGACGAUGACCUGGAUGUAUCUGUUGAAUCUGUUGAAAGAUUCAACUCACAAGAACAUGAAAAUACUCAACCAAUACCCGAAAAAAUCUCAUCUCCAAGCUCUUCAUUAAAAGACGAUGAUGGUAAUGAUAAUGAUGAUUAUAAACAAGAGCCUGCUAUCAAAUCUCCUAUACCUCCUACAAUAAUUGAUGAUAAUUUACCGUCUAAUUUAAAUGACAAUACGAUAAAACCACUUGACUUUACUUCCGAGACCCGAAAAAAUACUAAAUCCAGUGAAAGAGUAAUGGACUACACAUAUGGAAGUAGUUGUUCAACUUCUGCAGCAGCUGCAAGUGAAGAUGAACCACUUUUAGAUUCUGAUAAAUCUUAUCCAGACUAUUAUGAAGAACCUCCAGGAGAGGAUAAUCAAAAAGAUGCAUCAUUGGAGUCUGCCAACCAAGCAAAGUCUUCAAAGGGCCGUCGUACAGUUAGAGGGAUCUCCCACAGUGUAUUGCCCUUGGAGACGACUUUGCGUGUUGUCUCGGAACUGGGGCCAACAUUACGUGUUGAAAGAGGCAAAGUUGUUCGCAUGUACUCGUGUCCAUGGUGUUUAAGACAUUUUACACGGAAAGAAAAUUUAAAGCUUCAUGUACGUUACAUACACGGGCCGCUUGAAAGUCUCACUUGCAAAUUGUGUGGUAACAAAUAUAAAAAUAGUAAUAGUCUUCGUGUUCACUCUUAUCUUUAUCACAAUACCAAGAGAAAUAAGCACAAUAAGCCAUCACUUGUCACGAGUAAUGUUUGAAUAUUUUAUUUUAAGCACUCUGUUGUAUUUCAUCAUUUUUAUUUAUAGUUGAGUAUUAUUAAUUAUUAUUAUUAUUAUUGUAUACACGCUAUUAUGAUUAAUAUUAAUAUUUAUAUUAUUGAUUGAUAUUGUUAUGAAUUUAUAUAAACAUUAUUAUUAACAGAUGCUAUUUUUAUUUGAAUAUUUUAUCAAUUCUCUCUCAAGUGACAAAUGUUUGCAAUCAGUCUAGCGGAAAGAGUUUGUUGAUAAGAAUUUAUUAGUAACUCGAUAUAUUAUAUAUGACUUUAUAUAUUAGGGAAAUACCCAUUUAUACUGUUGAUGUAUAAUGUAAGUUUUUUCUUUUUACCACUCAAAACUUAUAUACCGCAUCACUUACACUACUCUUUUUCGUUUGCUGAGUUGUGAUCACUAGGUUUAUUUAUUAUUA